GUUGUUAUCUUCAAGGAUAGCUCUGGGAAAGUAGUGUGUGUGUUUGAUCGCCCAAAAGGCUUCGUCUCUCUCUUACAACAGGCUUAUAAGGAAUAAUGGCGAAAAGCUCGUUCAAGGAAGAGCAUGACCUGGAGAAGAGAAGUGCAGAGGCUGCUAGGAUUAGAGAGAAGUAUCCAGAUAGAAUUCCGGUGAUUGUUGAGAAGGGUGAGAAGAGUGAUAUACCAACCAUCGACAAGAAAAAGUAUCUAGUCCCAGCUGAUUUGACAGUGGGGCAGUUCGUGUAUGUCAUUCGCAAAAGAAUCAAACUGAGUGCUGAAAAGGCUAUCUUUAUCUUUGUGGACAAUGUUCUUCCUCCAACAGGUGCAUUAAUGUCUGCUGUGUACGAAGAGAAAAAGGAUGAUGAUGGGUUCCUCUAUGUCACUUACAGUGGAGAAAACACAUUUGGGUCUCCAUAGAUCUAUUACUGGAUACUUCGUUUCUCUAUUAUCUAUUUCGCCGAGUAUUUCAUAUCUCUUCUUAUUAGUUAUCUAAGUAAGCACCAUAUGUACUACUUGUCUAAGAACUUUCAGAUGGUCGUUAAUGUGUACAGAGAACAUAAAAAUAAUGUAUAUAAAUCUCAAAACCUACUUUCUGUUAAUCGUUACAACUUGGUUUGUGUUUUUGAUUGAGCCGACAUCACAUGAUACCGUGAUGUGCCAUUGUAAUUACAGAGGCAAAAAAAAGUCUAUAAGUCCAACUAGAGAUAG